CAUUAGACCGUUUAGCAAAUAAUCACAUCAUUAAACAAUCUAUUUUUUGCCCGAAAGUUCAAAUAUUAACUCCCCAAAUAAUUCCGGUGAACUAUGAACUUUGACAAUUGUCCCUGCCGGCAAUGAUCUCUCUAAACAGCUUAACUAAUCACACUCUCUAAACCCUAAAUUCCACCAAAAAUGGACAUCCUAUUCGCCCAAAUCCAAGCCGACCUCCGGUCAAACGACGCUCUCCGGCAAUCCGGCGCUCUUCUACAAGCUUUACAACAGUCCGCCGCCGGCCGAGACACCUCCGUCAUCGCUAAAACCGCCGUCGAAGAAAUCGUCGCGGCACCUGCUUCCGCCGUAUGUAAAAAACUCGCUUUCGAUCUCAUCCGUUCAUCACCUCGUCUCACUCCAAAUCUGUGGGAUUCGCUCAUUUCAGGCAUCAAAUCUGACCUCAAUUUUCCCGAUCCUGAUGUUUCCGCUGCCGCCAUUUCCUUCCUCUCUGCAAUUCCUUCUCAUCUUCUAUCAACUCUGAUUUCCAACUCGCAUCAACAAAUUACCUCUUGUUUUGAUUCAAAUAGUAGUAAUCUUCGGUUUUCGAUUACAGAAACACUAGGUUGUAUUCUUGCGAGGGAUGAUCUUGUUGUUCUUUGUGAAAAUAAUGUUAAUUUGCUUGAUAGGGUUUCCAAUUGGUGGAGGAGGAUCGGGGAGAAUAUGUUGGAUGCUUCGGAUUUGGUUGCGAAGGUUGCAUUUGAAUCGGUUGGGAGGUUGUUUAAGGAGUUCGAAUCAAAGAAAAUGAGUCGGUUAGCUGGGGAUAAGCUUGUUGAUAGUGAGAAUUCUGUUGCGAUUCGGUCUAAUUGGGUUUCUUCUAUGGUGGAUUUUGUUUGGAAGAAGAGGAAUUCAUUGAUGUCUAGGGCGACUGUACUUCCCGUUGAAAGCUUUCGUGCUACAGUCUUUCCGCUUGUUUAUGGUGUUAAAGCUGUUGCUUCCGGUUCUGCUGAAGCUAUUCGUAAGCUCUCGUCGAAGGGGGAUGGAACUGGUUCAUUAGUGUCUGGCAAUGCUGAGAAGUUUGUGGGAGUUUCGGACGUGGUUAUGCAUUUAUCACCAUUUUUAGAGUCUUUGGAUCCUGCAUUGAUAUUUGAGGUUGCCAUUAAUAUGUUGUAUUUAGCUGAUGUCCCUGGAGGCAAGACUGAGUGGGCUUCUACUUCCAUUAUUGCCAUACUCACACUCUGGGAUCGACAGGAAUUCUCGUCUGCUAGGGAGAGUAUUGUUCACGCUGUUGUAACCAAUCUUCACUUACUCGAUCUUAAUAUGCAGGUUUCAUUGUUUAAGAGGUUGCUUUCAAUGGUGAGGAACUUGAGGGCCGAAUCAGAUCGUAUGCAUGCUUUGGCAUGUAUCUGUCGAACAGCUCUUUGUGUUGAUCUUUUUGCCAAGGAAAGUGUUCGUAGAGGUCAGAAGCCGCUGGCUGGAACUGACAUUGCUUCUCUAUUCGAAGAUGUGAGGAUAAAAGAAGAUCUUAAUAGUGUUACAAGCAAAAGCUUGUUCAGAGAAGAGCUGGUGGCCUCACUAGUUGAAAGCUGCUUCCAGUUGUCUUUACCUCUCCCUGAACAGAAGAACUCGGGGAUGGAGAGUCGAGUUAUUGGUGCCCUUGCUUAUGGUACCGGGUAUGGAGCUUUAAAUUGGACUGAGCCAGCAUUGGAAGUUGUUGAAGUUUGUAGGCCAUGUGUUAAGUGGGAUUGUGGAGGUAGAACUUAUGCAAUCGAUUGCUAUCUCAAAUUACUGGUCAGACUAUGCCAUAUAUAUGAUACGAGAGGUGGUGUUAAAAGAGUAAAAGAUGGUGCUUCACAGGAUCAGAUUCUGAAUGAGACGAGGCUGCAAAAUCUUCAACGUGAACUUGUCAAAGAUUUACGUGAGGUGAAUACACCUAGAAUAUCAGCCCGUCUCAUUUGGACUCUAGCAGAGCACAUAGAUCUUGAAGGUUUAGAUCCCCUUUUGGCUGAUGACCCUGAAGACCCGCUAAACAUUAUUGUGGCAAAUAUACAUAAGGUUUUACUCAACAUGGAUUCAUCUGCUAUGACGACAAAUAGGCUGCAAGAUGUCCAGGCAGUUCUUCUGAGUGCUCAGAGAUUGGGAUCUCGAAAUGCAAGGGCUGGUCAAUUGCUGAGUAAAGAGCUUGAAGAAUUUAGAAAUAAUGGCUCGGCAGAUUCUGUUAAUAAGCAUCAGUGUCGCUUAAUACUGCAGAGGAUCAAGUAUGCUACCUUACAUCCUGAUAAUAGAUGGGCUGGGGUAAGUGAAGCUAGAGGAGACUAUCCUUUUAGCCACCACAAGUUGACCGUCCAGUUUUAUGAAGUAGCUGCUGCCCAGGACAGAAAGCUAGAAGGUUUGGUACAUAAAGCAAUUUUAGAGCUUUGGAGGCCAGAUCCUAGUGAAUUGACACUCCUGCUGACAAGUAAAAUAGAUUCAAGUCUGCUUAAGAUUGCACCAAGAGCUUAUACUUUGACUGGAAGUAGUGAUCCGUGCUAUGUUGAAGCAUAUCAUUUGGCAGAUCCAAGUGAUGGGAGGAUCACUCUGCAUCUGAAGGUUAUAAAUUUAACUGACAUCGAACUGAAUCGAGUUGAUAUACGAGUUGGUUUGACUGGAGCAUUGUAUUUCAUGGAUGGUUCACCACAGGCUGUGCGGCAGUUGCGUAACCUUGUAUCGCAGGAUCCUUUACCUUGUAGCAUUACAGUAGGAGCUUCCCACUUUGAGAGAUGUGCCCUUUGGCUUCAGGUUCUGUAUUAUCCAUUUUAUGGAACUGGUCCAAUUUAUUAUGAAGGUGAGUAUGCAGAAGAAGAUACCCAAAUUGUUCGACAAAAAAAGAGUUCCAAGCAAGAGUUGGGAGAGCCUGUGAUUUUGAGGUGCCAACCUUACAAAAUUCCUCUGACUGAGCUGCUGCUGCCACAUAAAAUCUCCCCUGUAGAGUUUUUUCGAUUAUGGCCUAGUUUGCCUGCUAUUGUGGAGUACACUGGUACAUAUACUUACGAGGGAAGUGGGUUUAUGGCAACUGCUGCGAAGCAGUAUGAUGCUUCACCUUUCUUGAGUGGCUUGAAGUCUCUGGAAUUGAAGCCUUUUCACAAAGUUUGCUCUCACAUCAUCCGCACAGUUGCUGGAUUUCAGCUAUGUUUUGCUGCUAAAACAUGGCAUGGAGGCUUCUUGUGGAUGAUGAUUUUUGGUGCUAGCGAAGUCAGUAGAAAUGUUGACUUGGGUGAUGAAACCACUACCAUGAUGUGCAAAUUUGUAGUCCGAGCAUCAGACGCCUCGAUCACAAAGGAAAUCGAGUCAGAUUUGCAAGGUUGGUUGGAUGACCUUACAGAAGGUGGCUGUGAAUACAUGCCAGAAGACGAGGUAAAAACAUCAGCUGCCGAAAGUUUGAGAAUAUCAAUGGAACGGAUAGCACUUUUGAAGGCUGCUAAACCACGCCCUAAAGCCGAGUCUGAAAGUGAAGAGGAAGAAGGAAGUAGCGGAGGAGAGUCGGAAGAUGAGGAGAAAAAGAAGAAGAAAAAGAAGGAUAAGAAAAAAGAUGAGGAGGAUGAAAAAACUAAAGGACCUUCAUACUUGUCGAAACUUACAGCUGAAGAGGUGGAACAUCUUGCUCUUCAAGCAGCUGUUAUUCAGGAGUGGCAUAUAUUGUGCAAGGAUAGAGACACUAAAGUCUAUUAAUGUCUUAAAAUUAGUUGAAUAUUGUUUUACAUUGGUUUGUAUAUCUAGUUUAGAUUGCCAAGUUUUUUUUUGCCCUUUUCUUCUACUUAUUUUAUUUGAUUUUAGUUUCUCAUAUCAUUGUUAGUGUUGUAUUAUUUGAUUUGCAAUUUGUAUUUUUCACUUCAUUUUUUGAUUCAUUGAAUACUUUGCAUCGGCUGGACAGUUACUGUUUAACUACUUGAGAUGGUGUUCAUAAAUAUCUUUUUCGCGUACUCAAUUUGCUUGAUUUUUUUUAUUUUAUUGUCUACGAUUUAUAGUAAUUUGUU